AUCUCAUUUCGCGACCUCUCCAUCUCAAUCUAAAAAAUGGCCUCUGCUCUUGUUAUUGGAUUUGGCAUUGCCACAACCGCCUUUUUGGGCCGCGCCGGUCUGGUCGCCUACCGCCGCUCCAAGGGAGGCUUAAACGCUGCCGGAAAGGCAUUCUAUAAGGGAGGAUUCGAACCGCGCAUGAACCGUCGGGAAGCCUCCCUGAUUCUACAACUUGCUGAACGAACUUUGACCAAGGAUAAGAUCCGCAAGAACCACCGCCAGCUUAUGUUGCUCAACCACCCCGAUCGCGGCGGCAGUCCAUACCUGGCCACCAAAAUUAACGAGGCGAAGGAAUUCCUCGACAAACAUGCUUAAGACUUUGCCGGUGCAGCUUUGACUUCUCUCUUCCCCGGCAACGACCUUUGGGCAACGAUGGAAAAGCGAGAAUUUAGGUCUCGACAUUGACAAGCUGGUCAUUAUAAUUUGGGCACAUAGCGUGGCGUUGGUUUGGCAUUUACAAGACCGGAGGAACAAGACUGCUCUUUACGAACCUUGUUGUAUUAUAUGCACUGUUUUCACAUAUCCCUACGAGAUCGCCGCUCUUCGUUGAAUGUACUUUUAUUACUAUCCAUCCGACAUAUCCAGCACGUGAGAACCGGCAAUCCCCGGCAUCAUAUCAGAUCAUACCUCUGCCAAAUUGUCGAUCUCGGUCUGUUUUAGUAAUCCAUGACCAAAUACCUAGGUAUAACCUUGAAAGAAGGUCACCCCUGGACAGUCAGAAACACGUAGGCCGAAGGCUCUCAGGGUUACAAGGCAUACUGGAUCCGUCCUACCCCAUAUAGAACGCCACACACCCCCGCAAGAAUGAUUAUGCUACACGGAUAGAAAAAUGGCUUUGAUCGACGCAAAGAGAGAGUGGAUUGGAAGAGAUUGAACGGAAG